CUCGUCAGUGAGUUAGUCGUCGCCUUCGGGGCUGUCAUUGGAGACGCUCGAUGGGCGCCGGCCCUUGUCGACUUGGUCCCAAACAUGUCAUCUCGAUCCUCUUCCCUCCGUACAACAACUCCAUAUACAUUUACAGCUCAAAGACGACGGCUGGACGUCUCUCCAUCCACCGCUAUACUCGGCACAGCAGAUAAACACGCAGAGUCACACGGCCAUCUUGCCUGGCAGGCCUCUCCUCUGCCCUCGAGCGAUGGAAGGCGUUGGCAGACGUUUCUUUGCUUUUCUUCGUUUCUUCGUUUCUUCUUCUUCUUCUUUUCUUCUUCCUCCCGAACACUCGAUGACUGCGUCUCCAAGCAGCCGUGCAUAAUUAAGUUAGCUAAGAUAGUUGCAGCGCAAGUGAAACUAUUGCUUUUUUUCUCUUUGGCCAACUUGAUACCCCCCUCCCCCUAUGGAGUGCUGCUACACGCUACUUACUACAUACGACUCUCUGGCGCUGUCUCCUUGUGA